AUCGAAGCCCAUUAUCAUUAACAAGACGAUUUUUUCCCCGAAACGAGAGUCUCUGGAGUGACCAAGUCUGAGCAAUGGCGAACACCUUGAUGGCGACAACUCGACCGUACGUUCUUCUCUCUUCCACGAGAGCCAGCCUUCAUCUCCUGUUUCGAUCUCCAAAGAGACCCUUCACUUCAUUCUCGGCACCUCUCGUGAGAAGCUUCAACUCGAGGUGCUUAAGCGCCGUUUUGUCCCGUGGAGAGAAGACUGCGCCGUCUUCGAUUUACUACAUUAAUGGAGUAUCUAGGGUUUCUGGGUUUGGCGUUGUGGGCAUUCGAAGCCGUGAUUUCAGUACCAGAUCCUCUCAAAUCAACGAUGCUGGUUCUAUUGAUCUUACACUUAUGCAAUCCAUGGAGCUAAAGAUUAAAGAACAAUUGAAUGCUGAGUCCGUUACUGUAACGGAUAUGUCUGGAGAUGGACGUCAUGUCUGCAUCAAUGUGGUGUCAUCAGCAUUUGAGGGACAAUCUGCGGUGAACAGACAAAGGAUGGUCUACAAAGCCAUUUGGGAAGAGCUUCAGAACGUAGUUCAUGCCGUUGAUCAAAUGACAACCAAGACUCCUUCAGAAGUUUGAAACUUUCCACACUUAAUGAUGCCUUUGGUACCUAUUAUUUGAUUAGCAGCGGACAAAGGCUGUUUGUUAUAUCAAAAAAACACAAUAAUUGAUUAAAUUCGGAAUGCAUUUUUGGUUCUUUUCUCUUUUGUCUUUCUCGUAACUAACUACUUGAAAGGUUCUCUUGACUGGCAACACACAUGUUAUGCAUUGGAGAUGUUGUCGUUACA